GGUGAUAAAAGACCGGCUUCUGCGUGCAGCGUGGCCGGCAUGGAGACGGGGAUGCUCGGCGGUCAUAAAGUGAAAAAUCUCGGUAAAAGCGGCGGAGGUGCUGGAGGUAUCGGACCUCCUCCUCCUCCUCCUCCUCUUCUUCCUCCUCCAUCAUCCCAACACACACCUCCGCCGUUCAUCAGCCAGUUUGUCCAGCAGCAUCACCAACGGCAAAAAACUCACAACAACAACAACAACAACAACGUAAACAACAACAACAACAACCGGCAGGGCGAGUCGCGCGGAGAGAGCGGGAACCGCCAACAUGGAGGAAAAGAAAACAUCCUGCUGGGGAACCGAGGAGAGGAGCGCCGUCAACAACACCAGCUGAAUAAAGGCGAGGAGGAGGAGGAGGAGCGGAUGGAUGCCAGCCUGGGAUCAACCACCACCACCACCAACAACAACCCUCCUCCGAGUGGGACCAGCUCCGAGUUUAAUCAUUAUUAUGGGAAUGGAAGAGGAGGGCCUUGCUUUGAUCAACAUGGCGGACAACAAAGCCCAGGGACUGGGGUAACGGCAGCGCACUCGGUACACAGCAGCAUGGAUCAGGUUCAAAACUCCCACGAAGGCUACAGCAACAACAGCCCGUACAACCACUACCCGAACUAUCGACCCGGCUACGGUAAUAGUGGAUAUGGAGGCAUGAUGAGUCCCUCCCGGCAGGGGAACAGCUUGAUGGGCCCGGGCAGCGGCAACACGGCCGCGGCUAACCACAGCAAGGCGGCUAUGGCUGCCGCCGCGUCCCCGGGAGGAGGCGGCGGCGGCGGCGGCGGCGGAGGGUUUCAGAGAUUCCCCGGACAAAGUCAGCAGCAGCAGCAGCAGCAGCAGCAGCAGCAGCACCCUUCAGGGGCUACUCCGACUCUGAAUCAGUUAUUGACAUCUCCGAGCCCCAUGAUGCGAGGUUAUGGAAGUGGAUAUCAAGAUUACAGUAAUCCCUCUGCACAGCAGCCGAGCAUGGGGCUGGCUAAAGACCUGGGCUCCCAGUACGGCUCGGCCACCCACGGCUGGGGGGGACAACAGAGAAACCACCCCACCAUGAGCCCCGGGAAUAACGGGCAGGGCGGUGGCAGAUCCCAGGUGCCGCCCAUGGACCCGAUGGCGAUGAAACGUUCUCAGCUUUACGCCAUGAGCAACAACCCUUACUCCCAGCAGCAGGGGGCGCCGUACCCCGGCCAGCCCUACGGCUCCCCUUCCCCUCACCGAUACCCGAUGGGCAUGCCCGGCAGAGGGCAGAUGGGCAUGGCAGGGAUGCAGUACCCUCAGCAGCAGCUGGGCUCUCAGUACCAGCAGCAGGCUCUGGGUGGGUACUGCCAGCCGGGCCAGCCUCCGUACUUCAGCCCCCCCCAGCAGCAGCCUGCAGCUCCCAGCCAGCCGUCGUACAUGCAGCCCCGCCCCCUGCCCCAGCAGGAGGUGCCGCAGGAGGCGUACGGCAGCCGCGGACAGUCUGCUAUGACUCCUGGGAAGCCGAACCACGAGGAGCUGAGUCUGAGCCAGCAGGAGAGGCCGUCCAGCCUGCCGGACCUGUCUGGCUCCAUUGAUGACCUGCCCACGGGCAGUGAGGCGGCUGUGAGCUCGGGGCCGUCGGGCUCUGGCGGCGGUGGCGGUGGGGGCGGGGCCUCUCAGGCGGAGCAGGCCAACCCGGCCCGCUCGCCCUUCUCUCCCCACGUCUCCCCUCGACUGCCCCCGCCCGCCCGCACAGGCCCCUCCCCCUCCUCGCCCGCACCCUCCCCCGCUGGAUCCACCAGCCAAUCACGCUCCGGCCCGCUCUCCCCCGCCCCCAGCGGGCCAGGCUCUCAGCUGGCUCCUCAGAUCUCUGGUUCUGGUUCUGGAUCAGAUGUUGGUCCUCAUUCCUCCCAGUCUGCCAUGACGCAGGACAGAGGUUUCCCUCCUGCCAUGCAGCGCAGCACCCCGGGGCCCCAGUUCGGCCCCCAGCAGUCGGCACCAUCCAUGUCCCCCCACCCGGCGCCAGGAGGACCCCUGCACCACGGAGCCUAUCAGCAGGGAGGCCCCACCUAUGGCCAGUAUGGACCCCCAGGUAACUUCCCCCGGCCCCCCCACUACGGCGGGGCUCCCAGUGCCAACUACAGCGGCCCCGGGCCGGGCCCCGGCCUGGCCAACAGCCUGGGCCUGAACGCCAGCAGCCCCAUGCACGGUCAGGGGCCCUCCACCCCCGCGGGCCGCGGGCUGGGCCCCGGGGCCGGGGGCCGCUCCUACCCCGCGGGGGGGAACAGCAUGGCCCCCACCUCGCCCGGGAUGCCUCAGCCCGCCGGACAGGGCAUGGGACCCCCGGCCCCCAACGUCAGCCGGAAACCCCCUGAGGCCGCGCCCAACGCCGGGCCGAGUGCCAACUCCUCGUCAACGUCGACCUCGCAGGCCAGGCAGGGCAGCUACCCAGGCAUGGGGCCCAUGGGAGGCUUGGGCCCCGGAGGCCCCGGAGGCCCCUACAGCCAGCAGCCAGGCAACAGCUCUGGGAGGAUGACGCCCCAGGGCGCCCCCUUCAGCGCCCCGCCCUCAGGCUCCAUGAUGAUGCCGGCGGAGGGGAUGGGCGGCCCUCCGGACGCCAAGCAGAGGGCGGAGCUCAGCAAAGAGGGCGUCGCCCCCGCAAACGAACCCCCCAAACCCAAGGACAGCUACAGCUCUCAGUGUCUGUCCCAGCCCCCCACCCCCUCCCCCAUGUCCCCCAGCCCAGCUAGUCUGUCCUCCUGUCACGGGGAGGACAGCGAUAGCAUUAGCAGCCCCGCCUGGCCCAAGACGCCGACCAGCCCCAAGCCCAGCGUCGCCACCAUGACGGGCGAGAAGAUCACGCGGCUGUACGAGAUGGGCUCGGAGCCGGAGAGGAGGCUGUGGGUGGACCGCUACCUGGCCUUCAUGGAGGAGAGGGGGACGCCCGUCCCCAACCUGCCGGCCGUCGGCAAGAAGCCGCUGGACCUGUGCCGGCUGUACCUGUGUGUGAGGGAGAUCGGAGGCCUCGCCAUGGUGAACAAGAACAAGAAGUGGCGGGAGUUGUCCACCCACCUGAACGUCGGGACGUCCAGCAGCUCUGCCAGCUCUCUGAAGAAGCAGUACAUCCAGUACCUGUUUGCCUACGAGUGUAAGGUGGAGCGUGGAGAGGAGCCUCCCCCGGAGGCCCUGGGCCCCGCAGGAGACGCCAAGAAACCUCCAGCACACCAGACCAAGAUCCAGCCUCCGUCACCUGCCAACUCGGGCUCUCUGCAGGGGCCUAACACACCCCAGUCCAGCGGCAGCAGCUCGCUGACCGAAGCCCCUGGCGACCUGAAGCCGCCGACGCCGGCCUCCACCCCGCACAGCCAGAUGGCCCCCCAGCCGGGAAACAGGACGGGUGGAGGCGUGAGCAUUCAGGACCCUUUUUCCGAGGGAAACGACCCGGCGUUCCAUGGAAAGCGUGGCCCGGGGCCCGCCGGUGGCUCCUACCAGCAGGGAGGGGGCCCGGCUGACCCCUCCAUGAGGAUGCAGUAUGACGCCAACAAAGACCCGUACGGAGGAGCCAGGAAGGGUCCGGGGCCCGGUGAGGCCUUCGGUCCCGGCCAGAUGCCCAGCGGUGCCAUGCAGGACAUGUACCCCCGCGGGCCGCCCUCUGGGCCCCUGCCAGGGAUGGGCGUUGGCCCCAGACCCCAGUUCCCCUACGGGCCCGGCUUCGACCGCAGGCCGGACCACGUGAUGGGCCCGGAGGGCAGCAUGGCGCCCCCUGCAGGCCAAAACAACAUGGGUCCCUCUGGAAAUGAGCCGGGCAUGUACCCUGCCAGCAGAUACCCCCACCAGAGGCACGGGCACGACGGCUUUGGCCAGCAGUAUCCUCACAGCAUGGCCUACACUUCCCAUCAGCCCCUGUACCCCCAGCAACAGGGCUACAAGCGGCCGGUGGAGGGGCUGUACCCGCCCGCCAAGCGGCACGAGGGCGAGGCGUACGGCGUGCAGCAGUACGGGGCCCAGCAGCCCGACGUCUUCGGCCCCUACGCGGCGGGAGGGGGGGCCUACAUGGGCCCCGAGCGGCGGCCGGUGCAGGGCCAGUACCCGUACCCGUACGCCCGUGACCGCAUGCCGCCGGGCGCCCAGGGGCCUCCGCAGCACAGCAUGAUGGGGGCGGGGCCCGCGCCCGUCUCCGGCGGCCCCGGGGACGGGCCUCAGGCCAACAUGUGGCACCCCAGGACCGAGGUGGGCUACCCGUACCCGGGCCGGCAGGGCCAGGGCCCGCCCUACCCCGGCCUGGGCCGAGGGGAGGAGCCGGAGGGCCGGGCCCCUCAGGACGGCCCGUGGCCCCCCGGCCACCCGGGCCAGCGCCAGCCGCCCUUCCCCCCUCACUCCUCCUCCACCUCCUCUUCGUCCUCGUCCUCCUCCUCCGUGCCCCCCCUGCCCUCCCGACAGCCCCCCUCCUCCUACCAGUCCGGCCCCGCCCUGCCCAACCACGUGUCCCGCGCCCACAGCCCCUCCUCCUUCCCCCGGCCCAUGGGCGGCUCUCUGUCGCCCAACAGCGCCCCCUACAUGGCCUCCAUGAAGAAGGCGGGCGUGCCCGGCGCCCCGGCCGGCCCCGCCCCCGCCCCGAGCCUCCCGCUCGUCCAGAGGGAGGUCAGCUUCCCCCCCAGCUCGGUGGAGGCCACGCCCCCCAAACUGAAGAGCCGCCGCCGGCUCACCGCCAAGGACACGGGGACUCCGGAGGCGUGGCGGGUGAUGAUGUCACUGCGGUCCGGCCUGUUGGCAGAGAGCACCUGGGCUCUGGACACCAUCAACAUCCUGCUGUACGACGACAGCACUGUGAGCUCCUUCAGCCUCACACAGCUGCCCGGCUUCCUGGAGCUCAUCGUGGAGUAUUACCGCCGCUGCCUCAUCCAAAUCUUUGGCAUCCUGGAGGAGUACGAGGUGGGAACCGAGGGCCAGCGGACCCUGCUGGGGCCCCUUCCCGACCCCCCCAAGGAGGAGGUGCAGGAGGAGAGGCCUCCGGCCGCUCUCCAAACCGACAGCCAAUCACAGGAGGAGCUGAGGAUAGCCAGGAAGUCGUCGAUGGAGUUGGAGUUCGAGGAUGAGGAGUCGUCAUCGUCGUCGCUCCUUCUCACGGCCGCGCCCGCCGUCAGCACCGAGGAGGAGGAGGGAGGCGCCAAGGACGACGCUCCCGCCGCAGAGGAGGAGAAGAACAGCGACGAGGAAGAGGAAGAGGAGAAGGAGCGCGGGGUGACGUCCGAGCAGCCCGAGCCCGUCCGGCAGCAGGACCCGGCGGAGCCCCGACCCAAACAGGCCAGCAGGUACGACCGGCUGCCCGUCCGGCUGGAGGAGCAGGAGGAGGAGCAGCAGCAGCUGGAGCAGCGCUGGGCCGAGCUCAGCCGGCCAAACGGCUUCAGCAGCGGCCUGCUGCACUGGAGGGCCGGGGGCGGAGACUCCACCGCCCACAUCCAGACCCACUUCGAGCUCCGCGCCGGAAACCCCGCCCCUCCCAACCCUCCUGGAGGGGAGGAGAGGGAGGAGAACCAGGAGGAGGCGGAGAGGAACCCGACAGCCGGCGAGGACGACGCGCCGAGCAGCCGACCUGCAUCCCAGCCAGGCUCCCAGCCGGAGGUCAGAGGUCAGAGCGAGGCGGCGCGGAGUCCCAUCAGCCAGCUGGAGGACGAGCCGCGCUGCUGGGACGAAGCCCCGCUGUCCACCGCCGAGCCGUGGCAGGACUCGCUGGCCAAGCGCUGCGUCUGCGUCUCCAACAUCGUGCGCGGCCUCUCCUUCGUCCCCGGCAACGACGCCGACAUGUCGCGGCACCCCGGCCUGGUGCUGAUCCUGGGGCGGCUCGUCCUGCUGCACCACCACCACCCGCGCCGGAAACGGACGCCGCCCAGCUACCAGCGGGAGGAGGAGCAGGGCCUGGCGUGCAGCCGGGACGAGUGGUGGUGGGACUGCCUGGCGGCGCUCAGGGAGAACACUCUGGUGACUCUGGCCAACAUGGCGGGCCAGCUGGACCUGUCGCUGUACCCCGAGAGCAUCUGCCUGCCCAUCCUGGACGGGCUGCUGCACUGGAUGGUGUGUCCGUCGGCCGAGGCCCAGGACCCCUUCUCGGCGGCGGGCGGCUUCUCCUCGCUGACGCCGCAGCGCCUGGUGCUGGAGUGCCUGUGCAAGCUGAGCAUCCAGGACAGCAACGUGGACCUGCUGCUGGCCACGCCCCCCUUCGGCCGCCAGCAGAAGCUGUUCGCCACGCUGGUGCGCCACGUGGGCGAGAGGAAGAGCCAGGUGUGCCGCGAGAUGGCGGUGGCCGUCCUGUCCAACCUGGCGCAGGGCGACCCGACGGCGGCGCGCGCCAUCGCCCUGCAGAAGGGCAGCGUGGGAACUCUGAUCGGCUUCCUGGAGGACAGCGUGACCAUGGCGCAGUACCAGCAGAGCCCGCACGGCCUGCUGCACGCCGCCGCGCCGCCCGAGCCGCCCAGCGUCAACAUGAUGUGCCGCGCCGCCAAGGCUCUGCUGGCCAUGGCCAAGGUGGAGGAGAACCGGACGGAGUUCGUCCUGUACGAGAGCCGGCUGCUGGACAUCUCGCUGUCGGCGGCGCUCGGCUCGCCCGUGGCGGCCAUCAUGUGUGAAGUACUGUUCAAGAUCGGCCGCUCGUGACACGAACACGCCGCGGAGCGCGCUCGGUAGGCCGCCCGGCUGCAGCUGGACGGACCGGCUCCUAUUAUAUUUUUAUUUAAAGACGAGAACAAAAAAAGUUUUUACAUACAAAUGAAUAUAUAUAGAAUAUAUAUAGCUCCUCAGCUCCAUUCGCAAAUGUUUAUUUGGGAUUUUUAAGUAAUUUUAAUACAAAAAUAUUUAAUACUUGGUAUUUUUAAUUUUUUUUUUCUAUUCUUUUAAUUUUGUCGGUUUGUUUUGGUUGUUGUUGUUUUUGUUUUAACCAAAGUCGGCAUCUGACGGUGGAGAAAGCUCUGGUCCUGGGUCUCCUGCUUCUCUCCUCUUUUCUAAAUGGAUGUAGUCGUUUUUCUCUCUGUGGGUCUUUUCUGUUUGCUGGUCUGUUUUGGGGGGUGUACUGCGGGGCGAGGGGGGGGGGGGGGGGGCAGAUUAAUUUAAAUAGUGACACAUGUUGUAGAUAGGCCUCUCUUCUUAUCAUGUGACAGAGGAAACACUGACCUCGCUCAUAACCUUCAGUCAUGUACCUUGUUCUGGGUAAACCCACCUGUUGUGCAAUAGGACUGUUUGGCUUGUUUUGGGUGGGGGGGGGGGGUCAGGGGGGUGGGGGUGGGGCGGGGUGCAAAAUGUGAAUUAUUUUUGACCAUCUGCAAUUUGACCAUCAGUAUUGCAUCAUAACCACAGCAGUAUGAGGCGGAGCUACGGCACUUUGUUUUUCCUUCGCCCUCCUCCUCCUCCUCCUCCUCCUCCUCCUCCUCCCGACAGUUUGCUCUCCACCAAUCAAAUCCGUUUGCCCCCCCCCCCCCCCCCUCCUCCCGCCGUCAUCCUCCUCCUGUAAAUAGCAGUUGUACAUUUUGAGGUUUCCUCUCCAGGAGGUUUGUGUUAUAAACUCGGUGACGGUAGUCGAUAAUGAAUUAACGGUCGUCCUUUAUAAUCACAAUACUGCUCAUCUGAAUAUGAAUAUUUAGUUACGCUCUUCAGAGGAGGCGAAGACUAUUUUUUUUUUUUUCUGUAUUUAAGAUUUAAAAAAAAAAAAAAAAAAAAAAAAAAAAAGCGGUUUUAGGAUGUUUCUGUGCCGGGACGGCUGCUUCACUGGGGUCCUGAAUGUGGGAGAGACUGGUUGUACAGGUGAGACGGGACGGGACAGGGGGGCGGGGGGGGGGGGGGGGGGGCUGUACUCAACAUGUCGCUAACUGACACGACUUCAACCACAGUUAUAACAAAUGUAAAGAGAAAAGAAAAAAAAAGAACAAUAUCUACAAUCCAGAAGGUGUCCUCCUUUGAUUUGACGGCUGUUUCUUCACUCUGAUCUUUAUACUCUGUGUUCCACAACAUGUUAAAGAAUAAACGUACAUGAAAUCUGGUUGAGCACUGUGAA